AUGCUCUCUUAUAAGCAGAUGGAAUUAAGUAUUGGGGGACUCAUGACCAGGACAUACCUGAAGCACAUGAUCAAACUGCUAGAAUCAGAAAAUUUUGAGGCUGCUACAAAUGAUGUGUUCUCAGAUUUGACUAAAACACAUCAUGGUGUUGUUCCAAUUGCUCAUCCUAAAAUUCAAUGCCACAAGGAGCUGGAUGAUAAUGGCAUUAAUACUACCAGUUAUAUUGAUACUGAUGCCAACAUGCCUCUCAGAAUAAUCCUCUCUAUUUAA